AUGGCCAAAUCAACUGGCAUGUCCAAAGCCUUGGCUAUUGGCAUUGGGGUGAUCACAGUUUGUUCUGUUGGUUGUUUAGUGGUGAUGGCUGUUUUUUUCCAAAUUCAGGUAGGCAACAACAAGCCAACGCCUCCACCAAGGCCAAUAUUACCUACGCCUCUCCCAACAGAUCUUCCAGAGUCUCUUAGACUUCCAGACAGCUUGAUUCCUGAAAGCUACAACGUUUUCCUACAACCGUACCUUUACGCGGCGAUAACCAACAACUAUACCGAACAAUCUUACCUCUUCACCGGGAACUCAACUGUAAGGGUGAACUGUACGAAAACCUCCAGCAGGGUCUUUCUUCAUGUUCACAAUAUUAAUGUGACGGCGGUGGAAGUGAGAAAAUCGGAUACCAAUGAGAAAUUGCCAUUGAAGGGAUAUCAAAUUUUCAAGAACGAAACUAAUUUCCUUGACAUCCAUCUUGAGGUUGCGAUGAAAGAAAAUGGGACCUAUGAUAUUUUUACUGAAUUUGAAGGGGAGCUUCUUGAGGACUUGACUGGGUUUUAUGCGAGCCGGUACACAGGGAAGGGAACUGAUGACGAGGACGAAGAGAGAUUCCUCGCUACCAGCCUGUUGCAACCCACGGAUGCCAGGACAGUGUUCCCAUGUUUUGAUGAGCCGGCGAUGAAGGCUGUAUUUACCAUCACCAUUAUUCACAGACCAGAGAUUAGAGCCCGGUCCAAUGAAGAUGGAGAUCCACGUACAAUACAAAUUAACGGAACGGACUGGAUUAGAACCACAUUCAAGCCCACCAAAAAAAUGUCAUCUUAUCUCCUGGGCUUCAUUAUAUAUGAUACACAUACAUUCUCAUAUGUAUCUAAAGGAACCCGGACAAAAAUACAUGUACAUGGUCGAUCAGAGGCUAUUGAUGCUGGCCAUGCUGACUACGCACUGGAAACAACUGAAACCAUUCUAAGCCACUAUGAGAAUAUAUUUGGACUUCGAUACCCAAUGUCAAAAAUAGAUCAGAUUGCUUUGCCAGACUUCGGUGUCAGAGCAAUGGAAAACUGGGGUUUCAUUUCAUAUCAGGAAUCAGGACUGCUGUAUGAUAAAGAGACAGCCUCCACCUUUGAUGAAGAACAAGUAACUACACUGAUCGCCCAUGAAUUGGCACAUCAGUGGUUUGGAAACCUGGUGACCAUGAGCUGGUGGAAUGACCUGUGGCUGAAAGAGGGAUUCGCCACAUACAUGUCAUACAAAGGGGUGGAAGCUGUUGGCUGGGAUUUAAAAGAUCUAAUCGUUCUCAGAGAAAUCCAGACCGCCUUUCAAAUGGACUCCUUGAACACUUCCCAUCCUCUCAGCAUGAACGCAUAUGAUGUUCAGACUUCCUCUCAGAUCAGCGAGCUUUUUGAUGACAUCACCUACAGCAAGGGUGCUGCUGUGUUGAGAAUGCUGGCCACACGCAUGGGGGAGAAUGAAUUUAUGAAAGGAGUUAAGAUGUAUCUCUCCAAGUUCCAGUUCGAGAACACUGUGCCCAAAGAUCUUUGGGAAUGCUUGAAUAUGGACACACAUAUUAAAGUGGAUGAGUUCAUGAAAACAUGGACCGAGGAAGUGGGUUACCCAGUACUCACCAUUGUUACUGACACCGGAGACACGUCUCAGGAACAAUUUUUACUAAAGAAAGAAGGCGGCCAUGACUCUUUAUGGCAUAUACCAAUCAAAUACAUGACACUUAAGGCGGGGGUGAAAGAGUUUCCCAAUUUUUUUACAGAUAAAGGUCCAGAUCCAAUUCCAGAUUUCAAAAUUGGCAAAGAUAACUGGCUUCUUGCCAACAUCAACUGCACAGGCUUUUAUCGUGUGAACUACGAUGAAGAAAACUGGAACAGGCUUACUGCACAACUUCAAAAAAAUCAUCGCAUCAUUCCACUCAUUAACCGAGGGCAACUCAUUGAUGACGCUUUCAAUCUUGCAAGGGCUCAUCGUCUCAACGUCACUAUUGCGUUAAAUCUAACCAAAUACCUGAUAAAUGAUUUGGAGUAUAUCCCAUGGGAAUCAGCACUGAAAAACCUGGACUUCUUUACCCUUAUGUUUGAUCGCUCCGAGGUCUACGGUCCAAUAAUGAAAUACCUACGAAACUUGGUCACACCAUUAUAUGAGGAAUAUGAGGAGUACACAAUUAACGGAACCAUUCCAAUAGAGAAGUACACUGACCAGUGUAACCAGGUAAAUGCUAUUACCGUGGCCUGCAGCAAUGGACUUCCUGAGUGCAUAACAAUGGCUAAAGAUCUAUUCAGUGAUUAUAAAAAUGGCUCUAACCCGAUUCAUCCGAAUUUGAGGAGAGCAGUCUAUUGCAGUGCCGUAGCUUCUGGCGAUGAGGAUGAUUGGGAAUAUGUUUGGGAAGAAUACCAAAAAGCCACGGUCGCUGCCGAGAAAGACAAAUUAAGAUACGCACUGUCGUGCACAAAAGAAAUCUGGCUACUAAACAGAUAUCUGCAAUACACUCUUGAGCCUUCAAAGAUAAGAAAGAUGGAUAUGGUGUCCACCAUAAGCUACAUUGCCCAAAAUGUCGCCGGACAGCCUCUCGCAUGGGAUUUUAUUCGUGGUCAUUGGUCCUAUAUUACCCAAGAGUAUGGAGCUGGAAUCAUAUCUUUAGGUAGUCUAUUAGAUGUUGUGACCAAAAGAUUCUCCACAGAAGUCGAACUCGAAGAGCUGAAGCAGCUUCAGAGGGAGCAGAUACAGGACGAUAAGUGGAUAGCAGCUCGAGCUUUGGAGCAGGUCAUUGAAAGGACAGCGGCCAACAUUAUUUGGGUGAAAGAAAACAAGCAGGUUGUUAAGGACUGGUUCAUUGCGGAGCUGUAAAUUAUUCUUUUUUGUGAGUCUGCAAAAUUGGAGUAUAUGAAGCGGAGCCAAUACAAUCACAAACAGAUGUUAAGGCAAACCACAACAAAAGCAACACCCUCCUGUGAUUCUGAGGUGGUUUUGAACCACCGCAACUUUUGGAAGAGAAGAACAAAAAAUGUCUGCAUGACACUUUCCUUUUGGAACAUGAAGUAGUUCAUAACGAAUAUAUGAUGUAUUCUUAAGAAAAAGGCCAAAAAUGAGUCAAACCUUAAGGAUCAAUUAGAUUUUUCUGUCUUAUGAUGUAGUUUUCUAAUAUAGAUACUCCUGGUUCAGUAUUGUUUACAGUGAUGAAAUCACAUGAGCACACAAACCAAAAAAAAAACAUAAGCACAAUGCACUGUAUUUUAUGUUUUUAUUUGUAUAUAGUUGAAUCAGAUGAAAUAUUAACAUCCAUGAAAGCAUGUUCUUUUGAAAUAUUAACUUUUUAUUAAACUAAAAAAAAAAAAACUAAAUUCUGUUGAUCACUGUGAUCUGUAAUUAUAUUAAAAAGUGAAUAGCAAAGUUUGUGAUGAGUUUUCAUAAGACUGAAUAUUUUUAUUACAUUAAACAUGUAAUUAUUUAAAUAAAGUGGCAAUUUUUUA